AUGUCACUACCGUACCUGACCUCCUCUGAGUGCCUUCGACACCUAUACAUACCGUUGGACUAUCCAUCGAAGAUAUCCAAAAUGAAGUUAAUCCUUUCAUGCUUAUUAUUGGCAUUGGUCAGCAUUAACAUUGCUGCCUCUGACCCAUCGGCCCGUGAUUAUUUGGCCGCCUCCCUCGUUGGCUCUGCUCCACCAGUCACCAACAUUUCGUCAGCUCACCGUGACAUCACCGUCGGUAUCGUCGGUGCCGGUAUGGCUGGACUGUACGCCGGACUCAUCUUUGACGAGUUGGGCAUCGACUUUGAGAUCAUUGAGGCCAGCCCCCGCAUUGGUGGCCGUGUCAUGACCCACUACUUCUCCGACAACGAGAACGACUAUGUCGACCUCGGUGCCAUGCGUUUCCCCAAGACCGGUGUCAUGGAGCGUGUCAUUGGUCAGUCGAGCUGGAGUUUGGUCAGCAAGUUGCGCGCCCUCGGCAACCCAGUCACCACCGCCCCAUACUACCUCUCCCACAAGAACAACCCCGUCUACUUCAACGGAAUCCGCAACUACGGCGAUACCCCAAUGAUCAACGACCCACUCCACGUUGGUGACCAGUACAACGGCGGUGUUGGCUCCGGUGUGCCAGACUGUUUCGCUGCCAAGCCACCCACCUACUGGGUCGGCAAGGUCAUUGGCAAGUUCAUCUACGCCAUGACCAUGAACUUUGACCAGGGCUACAAGAUGCUCUUGCAGCAGGAUUGUCUCAGCGUCCGUUACUACAUGGCCAACGUCUUCAAGGAUGGAGAGUGCCAGCCAAACGGCACCCUUGCCAGCUACCCACAGCCACUCAUCACCUACCUCGAGACCCAAUUGGUCGGCACUGGUUGGUUCGACUUCAACUCGAUCACUGAGGCCGUCUUGAACUUCCUCGACUUCACCGCCGCCGAGUACUACCACAUUGAGGGAGGUACGCACUCCUUUGUCGAUGCCAUCCUCGACUCGAUUGGCCGCAGCUCCGUCGAGACCCGCAAGAGAGUCAACAGAAUCGCCCCAGGUGCACCAAGAGGCACUGGCGUCAACGCCCGCCCAACCGUCUCCGUCCAAGUUGAGGGAGAGCGUCGCACCCGUAACUACGACCACGUGAUCAGCACCGUCGCCCUCGGAGUCUUGGAGAGAAUCGACACUGGCGAUCUCAACCUGUCCUUCAAGAAGCGUGAGGCCAUCCGCUCGCUCACCUACGACCACUCCGUCAAGGUUGCCAUGUCUUUCCGCUCGCGUUGGUGGGAGGACCCCAUCGUCAUGAACGGCCGUCCAAUCUACGGAGGUCAGUCCUCGACCGAUCUGCCAAUCCGCCAGGUCAACUACCCAUCAUACGGAAUCAACGACACCCGCUCGUACGCCAACGGUAUCCUCGUCGGCUACACCUGGGGCCAGGACGGAAUCCGUCUCUCUGGUCUCACCAACGACAAGAAGCAGCUUGAGCAGCUCCUGCUCCAGAACCUCGCUGAGCUCCAUCAGGUCGACGUCGAGUACCUCGACCGCCAGUUGCUCGACUGGAAGAUCUGGAACUGGGAUGACUACCAAUACCAGUCUGGCUCAUUCGCCGGUUUCUCCCCAUGCCAGUUCUCCCUGUACUUCCCCGAGAUGAUCAAGUCCGAGGCCAACGGCACCGUCCACUUUGCCGGUGAGGCCACCAGUGUCCACCACGCCUGGAUUCUCGGCGCCCUCAACUCUGCCUACCGUACCGUCGACCAGGUCCUCGUCACCGAGGGCUGGAACGACCUCCGUCAGCAGCUCAGAACCAGCUGGGGCACCGUCAACGAGUGGCAAUCAGAGGGUCUCCCACCCUUCACCCCAGCCACCACCGUCGCAUCCAUCCAGGGCGCUGAGCCAGUCAUCGAUGCCAAGAGAAUCUAA